UUAUCAUUGCAUCACGUUUAAGUUCACGUUUGCCAACAACUUAUUUGCAAUUCUGUUCUGAUGACAACGAAAUAUGUUAUCGGCUUAAACAUUGUGUUGUCUGAUCAAUUUAUUGUUGGAAUGAUGCUCAAUGUUCUAAAAAUCGAUCAGUGCUAGUCGGGCGGAACAGGGGUGCCUAGCGCCUAGGCAGGGAUUAGGCACUGACUAGUUAGCCGCCUAAUCUAGGCAUUGGAUCCCCGCUUAGCGCCUAGGCGGGGACCAGUCGGCCUUGGCGGCCGACUUUUAGGACACUGCUGAUGCUUUAUUUCUUCUAGCUUCCGAUCUCUUCAACAACUGAAUGCUAUUUUGGCUAUGAAAAGUAUCAUCUUGGUAUAAAAUGUGAGUUAGGAGUUGAACGAUAUGCAAAAACAAGUGGUGUGUAUAUUGUAAGAGCGGAUUAAUAGAAACUGAGCACCAGUGGGAUGAUUGCCAUAAAGAUCCUGGGGCCACAAUGUAGAAUACAGUUCUAUGAAUGAUGGUUACUCAUAUAUUGUAAGAGCAGAUUAAAGAAGAUCAGGAAUCUAACUACUGGAGGAAGAAAAUGAAAGAGAAAAUGGAUACAGAAAAUGAAGGAUUUUCGUUCAUCUUUGCUUUCAAUUACAGAGAUAUCAUGAGCCUUUUUGUAGGCUUGCAAAGGUAUCUGAAUUAAAUACAAAAGAGAUGCAAGUUCCCUUUAUAACUGUGGUCAGUCAAGCCAUCAAUUCUGUUAUGGUGGUUAUCCUCUCCUCCAAUCAGGAGCCACUGAGCUGGAGCUGAACUGUUACACCCUUGGGACACCUCACUAGCACACAUGCAUGCAUACUUUAAUGUGCUUAUGAUUUACUAAUUCUCACUUGUUUUUGUUGUACGAGAUUGACAUGGACGACUAUUGAUAUUAUCCACCCAUAGUUCUUUAAAAUGUAGAACUCAUUUCUCCGGUUACACACUUGUCGUUAUUUUUCUUUGUUUUUGCUUACAAUUUUCAGGUUUCAGAUGUCAGUUCGGCAGAACUUCCAUACCACUUGAAACGUUUCUUCCAGAUCCUAAGUGGAAUCUUCUGUCAAUUGCCCACCCCUUAAGAGAAUACGUAGGUAGAGACCUAACAUCCGCAAGUAAUUUUUCUGGACAUACUCACAGGAUCCCUUGUAGAUUCUUUGGUUCAGCACCAAUAGUUAUGCAGAGGAACCUGAUGUUCUCGACCAUAAAUGCUGAUGAUAUCACCAAAUUUAAGGAAAUUUUAGGGGAGAAAAAUGUAGUUCAGGAUGAAGAGGCGCUGCUUGCUGCAAAUACAGAUUGGAUGCAGAAAUACAAAGGCUCAAGCAAUCUUCUACUUCAACCUAGGACCAGAGGAGGUCUCUCGGAUUCUGAAAUACUGUAAUUCCAGAUGUCUGGCAGUUGUUCCUCAAGGUGGAAAUACAGGUCUUGUAGGGGGAAGUGUACCUGUUUUUGAUGAGGUAAUUAUCAAUAUGGGUUCCGUGAAGAACAUCAUUUCUUUUGACAAGGUAAGUGGUAUCCUGGUAUGUGAAGCGGGAUGCAUAUUGGAGAACCUGGUACCUUUCCUGGAUAACCAAGGAUUUGUUAUGCCCCUGAACUUGGGGGCGAAAGGAAGCUGCCAAAUUGGUGGCAAUGUUUCUACUAAUGCUGGUGGUUUGUGCUUUGUCCGCUAUGGAUCACUUCAUGGGAAUGUACUUGGUCUUGAAGCUGUUUUAGCAAAUGGUACUUUGCUUGACAUGCUUGGGACACUACGCAAAGAUAACACAGGGUAUGACCUGAAGCAUUUGUUUAUACGAAGUGAAGGGUCAUUGGGGAUUAUAUCUAAGGUAUCCAUACUUACACCUCCGAAGCUGUCUUCAGUAAAUCUGGCUUUCCUUGCUUGUAAAGAUUAUGUCAGCUGCCAGAGAAAAAGUUCGCAUGUGCUGUUGCACUGCUUGUUUACACUGCGUGUUCUUUGCAUGGAACAGGUUCUUAAUCAUUUAGAAGGUGUUCGAAAUCCUUUGCCUCCCCCAAUGCACAACUUUUAUGUCCUGAUUGAGACAACAGGAAGUGAUCAAUCUUAUGACAAAGAGAAGCUUGAGGCCUUCCUACUUCGUUCUAUGGAAGUUGGUUUGAUAUCUGACGGUGUUCUAGCCCAAGACAUAAAUCAGGCGUUUUCCUUUUGGAGUAUUCAUGAGGGUAUACCUGAAGCGUUAAUGAAAGCAUGGGCUGUAUACAAAUAUGAUUUGUCACUUCCUAUUGAAAAGAUGUACGAUCUUGUUGAGGAAAUGCGAAUGCGUCUUGGUCCUGCAGCCAAAGUAAUCGGCUAUGGACACCUUGGAGAUGGUAACUUGCAUCUUAAUAUAUCACUUCCGGAGUUUUAGGCCAAGUUGAACCGUUUGUUUACGAAUGCACAUCUAAGCACAGCGGGAGUAUCAGUGCUGAGCGUGGCCUGGGACUGAUGAAAGCUAAUAAGAUUCACUACAGCAAAUCUACUGAAAGUGUGCACUUAAUGAUUUCCAUCAAGAAGUUGCUCGACCCCAAUGGGAUACUCAACCCAUAUAAAGUUCUUCAUCCCUCAUGUCCUAAACUACUAGUUUUAUUGUAGCAAGUUUGUUGUUUUAUGGGAAGUACUCAAUUUACGAAAA